AUGGCCAUGCCGGGCACAAUGACCGCUGGGCCAAGAGGAGAGAGAGACAUCUGCGCAACACCAGCUGUGCAGAGUAUCAAAGCAAUGCAGCUGCAAGCUGCAGCCGGCCUCGCCGACCGCAUGGAAGCUUGA